UUUUUUUUUUCUGUUUGUGUGUUCCAAUACCAUGCCAGUGCAAACACUGAGGGGGAUCACUUUGCUGCUGUUGCUGUGUCAACAUGUGGGUUUCCUCUCCGCGAGCACAAAGACUAGUACAAAAAAAUUAGUGGUCUGUGAAGGACACUCUGCAUCCCUCAGUUGUGACAAUGGUCUCAUACACGUCCUUGCUGCCAACUAUGGACGGACUAAUUGCAAAACAUGUUCUGCUGGAAGACGACCUGCGCAGCUCUUAAAUACUAAAUGCGUCGAGAAAGAAUCCCUCUAUAAGAUGACCGUUCGGUGUAAUGGGAGGAAAAACUGUUCCGUUCCUGCACAGAACAGGGUUUUCUCUGAUCCUUGUUAUGGGACUUAUAAAUACCUGCAAGUGUCUUAUGAGUGUCGCUCACUGAUGCAAAGCAUAACUUGUGAAGGUGCCAAAAGUGUAAUUUCCUGUGAGAAGGGUGUUCUUUCUAUUCAUCAUGCUAAUUAUGGACGGCGGGAUCUUGCUCUCUGCCCUCAUAAAUUAGGAACUUCACCACAGUGUUACUCUCCUCAGACUGCCAGCAUAUGUUCCAGGUGCUGUAAAAAGAAGUCUUGUAAUUUAGAUGCUUCAAACGCAGUGUUCUCUGAUCCAUGUUUUGGCAACUACAAGUACCUGGAAGUGACCUACUACUGCCUAUGAGUUUGUGGAAUUAUAAAAAAAUAAAACACCCCCAUCAACUUCAUUG